ACAAAAAUUAUUUUCAAUGAAAAAUCCACUAAAAUUUCAUAUUGCUUUUUUGAUCAUUUUUUUUCUUUCAUUUGGUUCAAGUCAUGGUUCACUUCCACCGUUUUGGCCCUAUACAAUCGUCAAGAUGACGAAUUGUCUUGACGGUCCAUCUUUUACCGUUCAUUGCAAAUCCAAAGAUGAUGAUUUGGGGGUUCAUAAUGUGUCUUUCAAAACAGAUUACCACUUCAAAUUUAAAACAAAUAUCUGGAAAUCAACAUUGUUCUUCUGCAGCUUUAAAUGGAAAAAUCAGUUCAAAUGGUUUGAUAUAUUUGAUGCUGUGAGAGAUCAAGAUCUAUGCUAUCAAUGUAAUUGGACUAUAAAAGCUGAUGGUGCAUGCAGACUUGGUAAAAAAGGUGCAUGUUUCCCAUGGAAGUAAUUUGAUAUAAUCGUAAUGAUGAUAUAUAGA